GAGACCAACAAGGUCUUUGACAUCGGUAAGGGCGUCAUUGAGAUGGAGGUGAACAAGGUGAACCAGGAGCUCGGAGAGAUUGGCGGCGUCUUCGUGUCGAAGCAGCCCUCUGACACAGACAUGGGCGCCAAAGCCCCCAGGACGUUUUCAGGUUUUGUAACUUGUUGGGACCAAGGCCCUACUGUUAACCGUAAAGCUCGUGCAUGGCUUCAUUAUACUACCGUACUUCCUGAGGUAUAG